UCAGAUGAGAAUGAAAACAAAGAACGCACCGCUGAUCCUGAAGCGAAGGGUGACAAAGGUUAAUUUUUAUCAUUUUUACUAAAACACCUAGGAAUUCUACGUCAGUUUCACGGUAAAAUGCCUCUGAUUGUAAGCAGAUUCUGAAAUUCCUGAAGAAUCGACAGGCCUUCGACAGGAGUGACUGUGCAGAAUUGGCGAAACAAAAUGUUUCGUCGCGUGCGGAACUUCGUGUCACGCCACCCGAAGAAGCUGGCGGCCGUGGCGGUGGUGGCCGCCGGGGCGGUUGCCUGGCGCUACGCCAAGCGCCGGCUGAUCGAGUGGCAGGAGAAGGAGAGCGAACGACUGAUCGAGUCGGCCAGGCGGCAGGCGCACUUCGAGGCCACCAUGCGCACGGCCGACGCUGCCAUCGAGGCCCUCGGCGUCUCGGUGGCCCAGCGCAUCUGCCAGUGCCUCGACACGGAGGACGUCAUCGCCCAGCUGGACGCCAAUAGGGACAAGAAGGGGCCCGAGUGGCGGGAGGCGUGGACGCAACUCAAGAUUCUGGUCGUGAGUCGGGCCGUGGCGCUGGUCUACUGCGAGUCCAUCCUGACUGUACUGAUGCGAGUGCACCUGGCCGCCGUGGCCGGACACUCGGCGCAAGGGGCCGCCAUCGAAGAGGCUCACCUCGCGCCUUGCCAGAACUUUGCCUCCGCGGGCGUCACCCUCAUCUGCAAAACUGUCCUCGCUGCGGUCGAGAACAGCGACGACGUGGCUGCCCUCAGCCUUGGCCAGAAAGUUUCCUUGGAAAAAUUGGAGCAGGUGUUAUGGUCAGUGCAGACCCUCCUGGCCGAGGAAGACCCCCUGCAGGACUUGCCCUCGUUGGCAGUCAGUGGUCCCGUGACGCUGGAGACGGCCGAAGUGGCCGCCCUGCAGACGGAGGCGGCCGAAGUGCUGCGCUCGUCCGAGGUGUGGACGGUGUCGUCGUCGUGCGUCAGCCGUGGGCUCGCCUUCACCGUGGACCAGGUGGCGUCGGCCUACGUCGGUCAGCAGGCGUCCGUGCCCCUGGCCAAGGUGGUGCCUGUGCUCAAAAAGCUGCCGCAGCGGCCCAACGGCCACGUCACCUUCCUCUCCGUGCUGCUGGCCGAUGAGAAGCUCAAGAGCCUGGCCGCCAACGUCUACGAAGCGUUCGCCUCGCAGCCGGCAGCUACCCAGGCCGAGUGAAUUUUCUGCAUACCAUUUUUAUGUAUAGUAAUUCUGAAAAUCAUUCCUGUCUUGUCAAGUGAAGUAUGUAAGUUCUUUGUACCGUAGGAAAUUUGAAAUAAUUGUUGUUGCGUUUAAUAAAAUUGAGAGGCUGUUUUCUAUUGUUUUUA